CUAGAGUGGUUCGGUGUUUAUGCAACUUGAUAUCUUCUUUACCAUUAGCUCAUCUUAGACAUAUUGAGAAAUUAAGGUUCAUAUAUAUAACUUUAAACCUUUCAUAUAUAAAUUAGUGCGAAGCCCCCCAAAGCUCCCAAAGCUCCAAAAGCCCCUAUAUAAAAAGCCAGGUCAACUCUAAAUUUUUCAAUCUUUGGUACUAUCUAUGGAGAAGAAAAUCUUUACCUUAUUACCUUAUAGCAUAUUAUUAAACUUCUAAACAUAAUAGAUAUGGUUCUUGAUAGACACACAAGAGGUACGACGUACUAUGAGAAUAAUUAUAUAGUUAGAAAUGUUGAAUCUAUGUAUCAUAAUUUUAAUGUUACAGCUCAAUAUAAUAUAAAAUUAACUCCACAAAUUUUAUCUCAUGGUGUUAGAAAUUUAAUUUUAAAUAAUCCUAUAUUUACAGUUAAUUAUUUUAAAGGUAAUGAUCCUAAUCCACUUAUAUUUGAUUAUACUGUUAAACCAAUUGAAAAAAUUCAAUAUAAUGAUAUAGUUGAAUUUGAAACUAUUAAUCAUGAAUUUAAUGAACAAACUUUGAAAUCAUUAAAUUUAAAACGAUUUAAACUUAAUGAUCAAAAUAUUUUAUGGAAAUUAUAUAUUUAUGAAUUUAAAGAUAUUCAAUAUGUUUCAUUUUGUUGUGAUCAUGUUUUAUUUGAUGCCAAUGGUGCUAGUGCAUUCCAUGAAGAUUUAUUAAAAGAAAUAUCGAAUUUAAAAAAUAAAUCUUUAGAUAUUUUAGAUGAAAUCUUUAAUUAUGAAAAUGAUAAAAAUGAUUUAGCAAGUUUACCAGAAACUACUGAUAAAUUAACUAAUCUUUUUAGUAUUUUAUAUAGUUGGACUAAUUUACAAAUUUGGAGUGAUCUUUUACCAAAUUAUAUUACAAAUUUCUUUUAUAAGAAUUUUCAUAAUAUUGAUUUUGAAAAGAUUCAAUUAUUCACUAAUAAGAUGAUUCAAAGAAGAACUGAUGUUAAUUAUCGUAUGGUAACUUUAACUAAUAAUGAAUCAAGGAAUUUAUUAAAAAAAUUACGAGAAAGAAAUACUACAUUUACUCCUUAUUUUCUGGCUAUUGUUUGUGAAUUACUUCAACUCAAAGUAUUUCCUUAUAUUGAUGGAGAAAAAUUAAUUAAAUUAACUGUUGUUGUAAGUGGAAGAAGAUAUUAUCCAGAACUUAAGAAUCAAUUAAAAUAUAAUUUCUGUGUUAGUUCAUGUUGGAUGUAUAUAAAACCAUUUAAAAAAUUAUUUGAUACUAUUACUAAUAUUGGGAAUAAUUUAAAAUAUGAUAUAACUACAAGGAAACCUUUCCAAUAUGUUGGACUUUUAAAUUAUAUAGAUAUACCUAAAUUAAUUCUUGGAAGAAUUGGAAGUUAUGAAAGAUCAACUAUAGAAGUUUCAAAUAUUGGAUCAUUUAAUUUUGAAACUAAUGAUGGACUUAAAAUUUCUGAAUUAUGGUUUAGUCAAGAUAUUGGACAUUCAGGACAUUUUGUAUUUUCUAUAACUAGUACUUCAACUGGUUCUUUACAUAUGGUUGUUAGUAGUUUGGUAGAUUGUGAAGAUAUUUAUAAUCCAAAUACUAAUGUUAAAGUAAUGGAUGAAUUUUCAACUGCCCUUAAAUCACGCUUAUUACAUGCUAUAGACGACGAAUUAUAGAUAAAAUCAUAUUUAUUUAUUUAUUUAUUUAUUUAGUUAGUUAGUUAGUAACUAAAUAUCAUCCUUAAUAAACUAAUUUCUACCUCAAGAAUUAAACUUACAUGAAAGCAUA